AUGCCUUUUGGGGAGGUGGUUUGUGGCUCGCCAGGCAGCGGCAAAUCUACAUAUUGCCAUGGAAAACACCAACUUUUCACCGCUCUCAAUCGCCCCAUCUCCAUAGUCAACCUCGAUCCCGCGAAUGAAUCGAUUCCAUAUCCCUGCGCUAUCGACAUUUCCUCUCUGAUCAAACUCCAAGAUGUCAUGGAGGAGCAUGGACUUGGGCCAAACGGCGGGCUACUCUACUGUAUGGAGUACCUUGAGGCAAACGUGGACUGGCUGGAGGAGCAACUGGAUGCAUUGGGGAAAGACGCCUAUGUGCUUUUCGACCUGCCUGGCCAAGUAGAGCUCAGCACGAAUCACGAUAGCGUAAAGAACAUCAUAGGACGGCUGUCAAAAGGGGGCUUUCGCCUUGCUGCCGUCCAUUUGUGCGAUGCCCACUAUGUGACUGAUGCUCCAAAGUACAUAUCAGUGCUACUUCUUUCUCUGCGGACGAUGCUGCAUCUGGAGUUACCGCACAUCAAUGUCCUCUCAAAAAUCGACUUGAUUUCGCAGUAUGGCGAUUUGGACUUCAAUCUUGACUUUUACACGGAGGUUCAAGACCUCUCGUAUCUCGAAAACGCCCUGUCUGCUUCAGCCCCGCGAUACGCUGCACUUAACAUGACAAUGAUCUCCCUCAUUGAGGACUACAGCCUUGUCAACUUUGAAACUCUUGCUAUCGAGGACAAAAACUCGAUGCUUAAUCUCACACGAGCGAUUGACCGAGCAACGGGUUAUGUCUUCGUUCCGGCAGCCGACUCCAAAAUGCCAGAAGGGACGAUUGACACGAGUAGUACCUCCGGCUCAACACGACCAAACGCAUUUGGGCUGUUCACGAGUGCCAUUGGGGAGAGGCAUGGGUCAUCCAACGACGUUAGGGAUGUGCAGGAGCGAUGGAUCGACGCUAAAGAAGAAUGGGACGCUUAUGAAAAGGUUCAGUGGCGGAAAGAGGGAGAGACGUUGCGUGAUGAGGCCGCUAGAGCAGGCAAUAUUCGGGAGAGGAAACCACCAGAUGUAGUUGGAGACUGA